AUGUUGUACCUCCUGUUAUACUUCCUGUUGUACCUCAUUGUAAUCUGUUGUACCUCAUGUUGUACCUCAUGUUGUACUUCCUGUUGUACCUCCUGUUGUACCUCAUGUUGUACCUCCUGUUGUACCUCAUGUUGUACCUCAUGUUGUACCUCCUGUUGUACUUCCUGUUGUACCUCCUGUUGUACUUCCUGUUGUACCUCAUGUUGUACCUCAUGUUGUACCUCCUGUUGUACCCCAUGUUGUACCUCAUGUUGUACCUCAUGUUGUACCUCAUGUUGUACCUCCUGUUGUACUUCCUGUUGUACCUCCUGUUGUACUUCCUGUUGUACCUCAUGUUGUACCUCAUGUUGUACCUCCUGUUGUACCUCAUGUUGUACCUCCUGUUGUACCUCAUGUUGUACCUCAUGUUGUACCUCCUGUUGUACUUCCUGUUGUACCUCCUGUUGUACUUCCUGUUGUACCUCAUGUUGUACCUCCUGUUGUACCUCCUGUUGUACCCCAUGUUGUACCUCCUGUUGUACCUCAUGUUGUACCUCCUGUUGUACUUCCUGUUGUACCCCAUGUUGUACCUCAUGUUGUACCUCCUGUUGUACUUCCUGUUGUACCUCCUGUUGUACCUCAUGUUGUACCUCCUGUUGUACUUCCUGUUGUACCCCAUGUUGUACCUCAUGUUGUACCUCCUGUUGUACUUCCUGUUGUACCUCCUGUUGUACCUCAUGUUGUACCUCCUGUUGUACUUCCUGUUGA